AUGCAAAACUCUUCAAGAGUACAACUCGGAACGAGAAUACUAAGAAUCGAAAAGCGGAUCGGCAGCGGCGGUUUCGGUGUGGUAUACAAAGUGAAGGAUGAAGCAACUUCUAGAGUAUACGCUUUGAAGGACAUCUUAUGCUCGUGCGAUUCACAACCUGAACAAAUUCAGCAAGCUAUUCGGGAGGCUCAAACACUGAAGCGAGUCUGUCACGAGAACAUAAUUGCACUUGAGAAGGCCGAACAACUGAGAGAUAGCCAAGGUUUGCAUAUGUUGAUUUUGACUGAGUACUGCUCUGGUGGAAACUUGAACAAGCGCCUUGCUAGAGCAAGCAGUCCAGAAUUAAACUUUCGGUGGAUGUGCCAAAUGGCCGCAGCUCUUGAGUACCUCCAUUCAAGUAGAGUUGUUCACCGUGACUUAAAACCAGACAACGUGCUGUUAACGGUAACAGAGGAUGUCAAAUUAGCUGAUUUUGGCUUGGCCCGCGAGUACACCGAAGUGACGACCGAUUCUAGACAAAAACUUAGCUUGCGCUCAUGGGUGCAUCGCUACGUAAAAACACAACAAGAUUAUAUGAUCUCACGAGUUGGUACCCCAUACUGGAUGGCCCCCGAAGUUUUUAAAGGCCAUUACACUGAAAAAGCUGACGUUUUUUCACUUGGUGCAAUAUUUUUUGCGAUCUUAGAGAGGGACUCUAUUCGUAUUGGUAGAGAGAGUUAUUUCGGUGCGUUCAAGUUUAUUGACAGGGAAUGUGUUGGACUUGGGUAUGCAAUGUGGCGUGAUCCACGAAAUUGCAUCAAAUUUACUAGACGAGCGGAGGCGCAAGGCUCAUGUGUUCUGCGACGGAUAACUCUUAGUGCCUUGAAAUUUGACAAAAACGAUCGACCAAGUGCAAGAAAAAUUCACCAAGAACUGAUCAGUGGCCAUGAAAACCCUUGUGAAACUAGUGACCCAGGUUUUGCUCAUUCAUACUCAGGCAUAAGAGGAGACACAUUUUCGCCUUUAUGUGAGAGAGGAAGACCAUCAGAUAAUGAACUCGCACCCGCUCCCCCUAGAGCUAUGAAGCCACAUCCUCCUGAAAAUUCGUCGCCAUAUCGAAGUAAUCGGCAGAGAGGUUUACAUUUUCGCAGGAGACAUGUUAUGGUUCGUGCUAGGCGUUUUCGUGAUGAUCAUUUUUCUUACAGUGUAAGAGAAGAAAAGGUUUCUAUAUCUUAUGAGAGAGAAAUAUCACAGAAUUUGCAACAAUCCGUAACAGACACGGAUGCUUACUCUCGCCCAAGGUCUCCUCCACAUAAUUCGUCGCCAUCUCGUGAACACAGGCUGCGAGGUGUUGCAUCCUCAGAAGGUUAUAACCAACGUUCACCAACCCCCCAGCCUCCGGUAUUUGCUCCCCGACAACUAACGUAUCCUCAAUCUCCUGUUAGGAAUCAACCCAAGGCGUUUGCUCCACAACCCCCAACUUAUCCUCAACCGCCAGUUGUGAAUCAACCCAAGGUGUUUGCUCCACAACCCCCAACUUAUCCUCAACCGCAAGUUAUGAAUCAACCCAUGGCGUUUGCUCCACAACCCCCAACUUAUCCUCAACCCUUAGUUAUGAAUCAACCUCCGGUGGUUUGUUUCCAAACCCCGAGUUAUUUUCAACCACCCAUGUUCUUUGCUCCACAACCUCUAACUUAUCCUCAACCUCCAUUUAUGUAUCAACCCAUGAUGUUUGCUCCACACCCCCCAACUUAUCCUCAUCCCCUAUUUAUGAACUGGAAUCAACCUCCCGCGUUUUGUGGCUUUAACUUCUUCUGGUAGAAGAGCACAGAACGCGCCAUCAGAAUGGUAUGGGUAAAAGCCGGUAACGUUAUCGUUAAUUCAUGACAACUAUAUGCGACAGUAGUCGUAAUAGUUAAGCAAUAGAAAACGUUUUCCGUGUUUGCAUAGCCUGAUAUAAACACGAGAGGGGUUGGGAGAAUUCGAGACAGUCAUGCAAACCUGAGACGAAGUCGAGGGUUUGCCUAACCGUCGAGAAUGCUCCCAACGCCUAGGGUGUUUAUAUCAGGCUAUGCAAACACAGGAAAAAAGUUUUCUAUUGCUUUUAUAAAAUAACUUUCCCGAGAAAAAAACGCAAGACUCUUUGUAUGGCACUGAUUAAAAGAGAAAAUCUUAGCAGUCGCAAAAUCUUGUCCACGAAGUCUUGCACGCGUAGUCAGUUCUUGUUUUGCAAAAAGAUGCUUUGCAAAAUACGGAUUUUUCUCACUUAGCUUAAGCGAAGAAAAAUUGACUCACCUUCAUUGUAACGGUUUUCUAUGUUUCAGCCGACGAAGGAAUGGGCAAAUAAGAUAAACUUGUCGAGUUUUGAACUCGAAAACUUUUUCAAAUUCGUGCUUGCGUGAUUAGCGCGCGAAAAGCCAAACAACUUGACGCCACAACCAUGUUUACAUACUCUCAUGCAAACACUCUUCUCGGCCAAUCAGAGCGCGCGUACUAUCUUAGUUAUUUUAUAAAGACAAAUGUAUGCAAACGUAGAAUCGAGUAGUUUUCGCUGCUAACUUUGGAAGUGUGGAAAUAUGGAAAUAUGGAAAUAUUAGUAUGUGUAAUCAAAUAGUGACGCGUUUGUCCAAAUCCUAAUAAUUUCCCGAGCCUUUGAAAUUAUUCCCUAAUUUCACGAGUAUACCAUUUGAUUACCUAUUAAUAUGAUGGGUGACGAAUUACGUUAGCAAUCUUAGAUUUUUGACAUGUUUAUCCUGGAUCGUAUCGAUCGAGAACUCCACUCUCUCAAAAGUUUAGACCGUAAAUUUGGCUUACAAAGUUCAGAAUUUUUCAGACUUUUUCGGCAAAAUACCUGCAAAAUCCUUCUUGAUGUUCUCUUGUGUGUUCAGGUUUUCUAAAGCGUCUUUUUGUACCCUGACAUCUUCAUUAACGGCUUUUUAAAACUUCGUCGCCAUCUUGACACUGAGACGUACGGAGGGUUGCCAUUUCACAUGUGAAAUUACAAAUUAACCCUGAAAUUUCGCGCCAAAAUUAAGGAGUAAUUCGUCACCUAUGAUAUUAAUAUGUUAAUUUGAUUCUUAGCUUCAGAGGAACCUUGCGUUACUUCCGAUUGCUGUCAAAGUUCUAGCUUUUUAGCUGACUGAUCUGUCUCAGGCCCGGGGUUUUAUGGUGCAAGUAAGGCUGACCUUUUUGUCAUUGAAUGCUUUCUAAAAAAAAUGUGAUUAAAGACGCUACAUCCCCGACAAAUGAAGCAUUUAUGAUCUUUUAGAACAAUCGGUAGUCUGCUACACAGCCGUUUUUAGUGUCGUCACGCAGCGCUCCUCCCCACUGGGAGGAGCGUUGCGUGACGACACUAAAAACAGUGGGGAGGAGCGUUGCGUGACGACACUAAAAACGGCUGUGUAGCAGACUAAUCAAUCGGCUGACACAAAGCUUUAUGAUAACAUCAUCCGCUAUAUUCUAUCUUACCGACCGUAAAGGACUCUUCCGCCGGUACAGGCUUCAAAGAAAGACAUCUCAGCUUCCUCGUUAACCCUGAGCGUUUUAAGAACUGCCUUGUAAAUAGGAUAUUCCUCAAUUAUAACUUAGCAAUGUGAUCCUUCUUUAAUUGUAACCAACCUGGUCCCCAGGGCGCUUUUCCCGCAAAGCCAGGGAAAAGCGCCCUGGGGACCAGGUUGAAUUGUAACUUUUAAAAUGAUUUGCAAUUUUUAUGACUUUUGUCUUUCGAUAUGUACCUUUAUCGACCGAAUAAAGAUGAUAAUGAGUCGAUCUUUUAGAACAACUAGACGGCAUACAUGGGACGUAUAGAGAUAAAUAAAGAAAGUUCACUUUUCUUUACGCAGUUAAUUGAUUGCCUUUUUACUGCAACCUUCAUCAAUUCUCAAGUAGUUUAAGGCCUGGGACUAAAGGGUUUAAUUGUGGAAAAUGAAUUAUUGACUAACUUCGUCACGGAUGAUGGUGCUGAAUCGAAAUUUGGCACACAUAAAGAGCUCAUCGCCCUUAACAUUUUAAAGUAUAAACAUAGUGUUAAUAACUCAAGUGAUAUGUAAGGUGGCCAUUUUGCUAAAAAUAGUAAAUUAUUGACCGAUUGGUGGCCGGUUUCAGAAAAGAAAUCGGGAAAUAAUAUUUUUUUUCUAAUUCAGAUUAAAGAUUUCUAACACUUAACGUUUGGAAUGACCGUCCAUUCACUUUGAUAAAAAAUUAUGAGGGAAAACAUUAUUUUAAAUGCCCAAAUUUAAUCUUGAAUUAUUUAAAACUUUAAUUUUUAACCUCGCAUACAUUCAUUCCAAACGUAAAAAGUUAGGUAUAUUCAUUUUUUUUCCGAAACGCGAAUUUGUUUAUCAGAACAAAGUAAUUUCGCCACCAAUUCGCCAAUUUCCUUCAUUUUCAAUUUUUGGUAACAUGUCAUGUCACGUAACCAUAAUUUAACGCUAAGACACAAGAAAACCUCAAGAUUUACUUUUGGGGAAAAGUCCAAUUUGUUCUAGGUCUCCUAGCGGAAAUAUAGCCAAUUAUGCAUAUGCUCAGAACACAUCUUUGACCCAAUUACCAGCAUUUAUUACCAUUCUGCUUAAUUCAACAUAAAGUUCGUUUGCUUCGAAUCCAAAUUUAUCUGUAAUUAUAGGAGAGGCGGAGAAGGCUAGGUCUUGUGAUAUCCUUCUUUUGCUUUGUUCUUCAUUAGACCAUCACAAGGAACGCGGUGGGUAGCCUGCGUAGCAAGCGUUUCCGUUUAGUUUCGGAGCAAAAAAAGACCGAGGAACGGGAUUUUCGGUUUUGACCGCGCGAGUAAUGAAACGAGAGCCAAAAAAUGAAAGAGGGGGGAGGGGAAGGGGAAGCUUUUACUUUUACUUGCUCUUUUACUUGCGCCAUUUUCCCCGCGGUCUUUGACUCUUGUUCCUCGUUCUUUGCUCCCAAACCGCACAGAAACGCUUGCUACGUAGGCUACGCGGUGGGUAAAUGACUUUUUUUUUCUAUCCUGCGCUGCUUCGCGCUCCUGCUCGAAAAAUUCGUUCGGCUUGGGUCCAACUAGUGGUCUAUUAUCAAUGCUGCGUUCUGUUUGGUUGAGCUACUACUAGGCCACAUGUUAUAGCCUACUAGUAGCGAGCGUUUCUUGGCGGCAAAAAAGGAUUAAAGUCUAGCUUUAACCAGCUAAAAUGUUUUUAUUGUCGAUAUUUUUGACCAACCAGUUGGAUUUUACUAAGACAAUUAUUCCUCUCGCCCUCAUGGCCUCUAAGUCAAUAGCCCAUUCAGCCUUCAGCCUCAUGGAUUGACUCAGCCCAUUCGGGCUUGAGGAAUAAUAGGACAAUUGCACGAUGACGAUAUUAGACUACAACUACCAGAAUUCAUUUCGGUUUUGCUUUGUUAUUUAAAUUUGUCAAUCCCGCUGAGGAUUAAAGAACAAUGGCCUCAAUUUGCACAAGAAAACAACAAACUCGAGGAUUCUGGUAGUUGUAGUAAAAUGACGUCAUUGGGCAAUUGUCCUAUUGUUAGUUACCGGAUACCCCUAGGCUCUUAGCUGGGCACUCCACAGCGCAUUGACAGUAAAUGAUGGGUAGCCUGUGACUUGACAAGAUUGAUAUCCCUGGAUAUUUCCGCGGUCCACCCCUCUUGCACAUGCUCGCUGUGGCAUCCAAGACCACGUUGUCUGCACAGAUUUCCUCGGCGUCGUUUAACUACACUUGUUGGCUUGAGCUGUGCCGUUGUUUGAUAACAAGACGAUCAUGGAAUCAACACAAGAACUAUCGGAAGAGGCACAACAGCUUGUGAACCAAGGCUUGAGCGUUCGAGUGGCACAACGAGUGGGAGCGAUUUUCGCAACGGGCUCUCUUCUACCGGCUGAGUUAGAUGACAGGGCGCUCGACGCUUUACGCGAAUUCAAUGAAGAUGGGGCCCUUGAAGUUUUAGAUCAGUUCGGAAACAGUGAUCUUUCCCAUGUCCAGAACAAGAGUGCCUUUCUUUGUGGCGUGAUGAAAACAUAUCGCGAGAAAAACCGUCAAAAAGCACAGGGUCAGCUUACUGCUGGUUCUGACGCCUCGAAAGGCCCGGACGAAGCGAAGAUCAAAGCGCUGCUGGACAGAAGCGGCUACACAUUAGAUAUCACCACGGGGCAGAGAAAGUAUGGAGGUCCACCACCUGGCUGGGAAGGACCUGCUCCUGGUACAGGAAGCGAGGUAAGAACAUUUUAGGGAGACUUUCCAUGCAGAAGCGUCUUGUGACUUCUUUGUCACCUGCACGUUAUGCAACCAUGUGUUCUUGUACAAGCUUUUCAUUGAGUAUGUCGCUUUUUGAAUUGUUGCCAUGGCUCAUCCUAGUUGCGCCCCCCCCUUAUUUUUACUUAAAAAAGUUGUAAUUUGUAGAGAUUUUCUGGGUAACUUCUUGAGCAUCUUUUUCAGGGCAUUUUCGUUUUUACUAUUUUUGUUAGUUUUUCUUCGCUCGCAAGUAGAGUAGCCGGAAACCUGCUUAUUUCGGUAGUGUCCAUCCAUCCUUCUUUUCCCAGUUGUGUGAAAAUGUCCUAGGCUUGAAACUGGUAAAAACCCCGUCUAAAUGUGUUAGUGGGAUUUGUGGUUGCUGGAGAAAUAAGUUACUGCCACAAAUGUACUAUAAAUAGUUCCAUUCACAAACUUGUAGUAAAGCAUUCAGAGGAUGCAUCUGCUUUUCUGUUGAACCAGUCAUUCGUGAACCAGAAGAGCACAGAUUUUGCAAAGAAAUAAUACAGUAGAGACUUUUAGAUUGUAAAACGAGGAUGACCACGAGGUUGAAAUUUUCUCAAUACUAAGUGGCGCCAACACAUGAACUACAGCGUAUUAUGGUUGGAGAGCAUGAUACAGUAAAAACCCGUGACUAAGAACCUGGGCUGGGUUGUUCAAAGCUAGGUUAAGAUAACUCAGGGUUAGUGGGAAGUUCGAAUUCAAAUGUGAAAGCUUAAAAACGUAAUAUCAGUUUAAUUCUUUUUGUCUACAAUUUGAUGAUGUGGAUGCUCUUAAAAUAACAGACAAAAAAUUAUCCAAGAAAAUGCUUUGGAACAAAGAAAAGAAACACGGAUUAGAAUUUAAGCUGGGUUGGUGGUAAUCAUGCUCUGAACAACUGGGCCCUUGGGCUUUAUGAACCUGUUAGGCUCAAAUUUGCCCGUUAGCCACCCUCUAUACAAUAUUCUGUUUAGCCUAAAAUUUAAAACAGGUUCUUAUUUUCUAAAAUUUCUAAAAAAAAUUCUGUACACUUUGGGAAAAUAAGAUAAGUCAAAAUUCAUGAUCCUCUUUGGAGACAUUAGGUGCCUUAUUACUUCAACUGCAAUAGUUAUUGUGUUAUUGGUAUAUAGGUUUUGCCUAAGGAACGAGCUGCCACUGAAUACUCUCAGCUGCAAUGCACUUUUUCUUCAGAAAGUAAAACUUGUUUAAAAACCUAAACAGCCUAAAUUUGUCCUAAUUACCACUAAUGUAAGGACCUGUUUAGGCUAACUUGGCAAAAUCCAGGUUCUUACUCAUGGGCUUUUACUGUAUACAACGUUUUAGUGAGAAUAUCGCAGUGGCAGAAACAAGUUAUCAAAUGUUAGAAGUUUUACCGUAUUGUGAUGGGGAGUGGGCUUACCCUCCUUCAAUAAAAUAACCAUGCUAACUUUUCUGGUUAAAAGAAAUGCAAUGAAGCUUUGUGGGGUGUAUAGUUUUUGAAAGUAUGGAAAAAACGUCCAAGUUAAAUCUCGUCCUCUUAGUCUUCCUUGUGCAUGUGCUUGAAUCUAAAUGUCUCUAUUUUCGUGUAGUUUGAAGACAGAUGCUAUGCAAACAUGGGUUUCAUUAAGGCUGUGAAAAGGAGCGCAACUAGGUUUGACAACCUGGCAAAGAAAUGGAAAGGCCCUUUAGGCCUUUUUCCCUGCCCAGGACAGGUGUAGGGGCAUGCUUCCCUGGAAAUUUUGAAAUUCUGCAGUUGCAAAGAUGUGUUUUUCUGCAUUCUGAAGCUGCAGACACUGUCCUUCAACUUCCACGAAAAGAUAACCUUUCUAGACAAUUUGCCGGUGAUUUGGUACCAAUAUCCACCACACAAAUUAGUUCAUAAUCUUAUCGAGACAUUUCAGAUGCUCUUUUAUGGGGCACAGUUCUCUUUGCAAUGCAUUAUGGGGUGAUUCUUGUUUUUAACUCAAAACAAACUAGGGGAUUUCAUGGUGUGUGAUAAAGUGGAAAUUUGACGGUACAGUAUGUUUUGCAUUUGAGAAGACUCAUCAAGAAAAGGGUAUGAUUGUAUAAUUUACGUGAAACUGUUUUUGAUCGUUACUUGUAAUAAAAAAGUUCUUUCAGAAGUUAAGCAGCCCGGCAAAGUUGCAUUCACAGCCGGUCAAUUUGCCCGCUGCCCAGCCCUUAAUGAAACCUCUUUGCAAAGCGUGCGAACAAGAAUGGUGACAGUGGAUUAAACAAUUUGACAGAAGAUGUCACUUUUAGAGAAUUAUUUUGAAAUAACAUGAUACCUUUAUUGUUUGAAAAAAAUGUAUCAGUCCUACAAAUUUACUCCAAUUUAUUUUAUUAUAACUUGAUUCACUGCAAUAUAUUGUUUUCGCAAUUGUUAGAAGUUGGUAGAGUUAAAAAGUUUUUGGUUGGUUUGCAGGAUGUUUUAACCCUUUAAGCCCCAAUAUCCACAAGCAAAUUCUCCAAACUGAUCUCUAUACAUUUCUUUAAAGAAUAAGUUGAGACAGUUUGAUAAAUGAUCAAAGCAUUUUCUCUUUGGUGAUCAUUUAAUUAAUUCUCAUAACCUAAUCUCUUGACAAUGUAUGGAUAUCGUUACGAGAAAAUUGCUGUUGGUCACUAUUGAGACUUGAAGGGUUAAAAUUACCUUAGUAAACCUAGUAAAUGGUAGGCUCCUAAAGUUGAGUAUUGCAAUGGCUUAAAGUUUGCUACAAUGUUAUCAGUAUUUAGAUAGAACCUUUGCUUUAAGGUAAAUCUAGAAGUUGUGUCAUAAAACUGAAAGGGACAAUGGUGAACUCUCUGAGCUUUAACCAGGGCUCCAAGACUGUUUUUGAAAUAGUGAUGUAUCAAAAAUUGUAAGGAACAACAGCCAAUUUUACUUUUGGACAACCAGAAUAUGAAUCUUGCCUGUCCAAUGGAGAAGUGACAUAAAAGAGGUAUUUUUGCUCUGAAAAUGGGGUCAAAUUGCCACUUUCUCUGUACAGGUCUUUGGCCUACUUAAACAUGCACUUGGGAAGUUAUUGAAACAUCUGUUGUUUCUCAACUUGUGCUGUCAUAUGUUUUAUGGGAUUUUAGUGUUACAAAAAGGCAGGGAAAACUACAUUUUCUUUCUCAAACCUGGUUACAAGUCUUCAACUUUCCCUUGUGCAAAUUUUUUUCCUUUUUGGGGAACACCACAUUUGCUUCCUCAAGGAAUAGGCUAGUAGGCUUUACCUUUCACUUGAAACUUACUUUUUGUUUUCUUUUUGCAUUAUUGUUCUACACAGAAAGUCUGUUGUCAAGUCUUUGUUGGCAAAAUUCCCAGAGAUUGUUUUGAAGAUGAACUGGUUCCCAUAUUGGAGGAGUGUGGAAGAAUCUAUGACUUCCGACUUAUGGUGGAUCCUCUGACAGGCCAGAACCGAGGUUAUGGCUUCUGCACAUACUCAGUAAAGGAGGAGGCUCAAGAGGCCAUGAAGAAACUUGACAACAAGGAGAUCAGACCUGGCAGACGUCUUGGGGUUUGUCUUUCUGUGGCGAACAACCGUUUGUUUGUUGGUUCCAUACCUAAGACCAAACAGAAAGAAGAAAUCAUGGAGGAGUUUGGCAAAGUUACUUCAGGACUGACCGAUGUGAUUGUUUACAUGUCAGCGGAAGACAAGACAAGAAACAGGGGUUUUGCCUUUCUGGAGUAUGAAAAUCACCAGGCUGCAUCUUUGGCUCGUCGCAGGCUGUCUAGUGGAAGAGUUAAAGUUUGGGGGACCAUAGUUGUGACUGUUGACUGGGCAGAUCCUCAAGAUGAACCAGAUGAGGAAGUUAUGUCGAAGGUAGUCUUUGAAAAUUAAAAUUGUCAUUACUAAUUCAAAGUUAGCCUGAAUUUCAUCCGAUUACAUCGAGUCGUUAUUACUCCCUCAGUAACAUCUGAAUCGACCGGCUGUUAAUGUCGUCCAGUGACGUCACUACUCCUUUGCUUUAAUUCAUGCAAAAAGUAAAACACGAUUUUCAAGUGGCGAACCAAGAAAUAUCAUUUUGAAAUGUCUCCAUGAUAAGAACAGCUGACAGAUGCUUUACUCUUUUUGAUCAUGUUUAACGUUCAAACUAUCAACUGCAUGAACCGGUUGUAAUAAUAUUAUUAUUCAAACUUGGUGGCAGUCACGCAAUGAAAUAAAUACGCACAUGGAACACUUAGUUCUAAAACACAACCCUUUUUGUUUAAUUGAAAACAAGCUAUUUGGUCCUUAACGAAUAAAAAAGAAAGCAACGAAACAAGAAAGAAAAGCUAACAGAAUCAUGACACUCUUGACUGUGAAAAUAGCAAGAAGGUCGAAUGACAACAUGACAUUGGUCUCAGAAACUUCGUAUAAACAAAAUCAUUGCGGAAACCACAAAGCAGCUCUAAAUGAAAAACCUACCGACUCUCCGCAAUAAUUCUUCACUCACAGUUCAAUUUUGCAAUUCAGUUUCGAAGAUAAAGGCAAUUUUGCUGUUUACAAUAAAGAUUAUCGAAAUGUUUGCACUCUAUGCAAGGAUGCCACCAAUGCGAUCCGCUGAAUAUCAAGUGACAAUCCCGAUAAAAUUUCUCAUAAUUAUACAUAAUUAUGUAAAUAUUUAGACAAUCAACCAUUCAAAAUCACUACCCAGUUUUCGGGUAGUAGUGACGUCACUGGACGGCAUUUACGGUGAAUGGAAUGGUUGAUUGAGACGUUGCUGAGAGGAAAAAACUACUCCAAGCAAUCGGAUGAAAUUCAGGCUACUGCAAAGUAUCAUUUUGGGGUUUUAAGAGAUAUUGAAAUACAAUGUAUAUUAAGAGUUAUUCAAGUAUGUAUUGAUUGUAAGGCUAAUUCAGCAAUUUGCGGUCACUAAAAAAGCGACUAACCUUGUAUUGACAUUCCUCUUUUUAGCAAAACUUCAUAUUUAAAGUACAUACAGAAUUUCAUAUUGUAGCAUCCUCAGAGACCCAGGGGCAGUCCAUCGGGUCUGGAGAAAAGCCGGGACGAAAGUUUUCAAGUACAGGUGAAAGAGCCCCGGGUACUGACUCUCACGGAGCUUUUCCCAAAAAUUCAAGCGGAUGCCAGCUCCUUAUUGGGCACAAAAAACGCUUUGUAUUAUUGUGCCCAAUCGGCGAACAGUUUCUCCUGAGUUCUUUCAUGAAAUCGUACACGACGGCUAUUGUCUCGAUUACGGCUUGUCUGGCUCAUGCACCAAAGAAAUGCAGGCAGUCAGGAAACUUUCAGUUUGAUAUAAAAUCCCCAUCUGAUUUUAAAAUACUGUCUGCCCGAAAACUAAAGAUGCUUUUCCAAAAAUACAGGCUUGAGCUUACCACAGGUAUUCAUGCUUCCAUCUGCCAUGUCUUGCAUGCGUAAAUUAGGGAGUUUUUAAAAGAUACCACGACGACUGACCACGAAAACGGCGCAUAGAAAAGAGAAUUCACCUUUUUUUAGUUUCUAUCGUGAUUAUUCCAACUCGCUUACUUUGUCAAAUGCAAGCGAACUCUUUUGGAGCUGAAUUUCUAUCAACCAGAUCCAAGUUCAUGAAGAGAAUGAAUUUUGUCAUCGCUUGUUUACAUCCUUCACAAAACAUUACUGAUUAAGCAUUUUGACGGGUAGUCGUGCAGUUGACGGCAAAGAAAUGUGCAAAAAAGUGUGAUGCAUGUGCAAAGUCUUUUUUUUGUCUUUGCAAGCUAUUGCUUAUUUGACUUUCUCAUCACCACCGCAUCUUAAACUUCCUAUCGAUUUACGAUAUAUUGUGAUGAGUCAAAAACAGAAUAUUAUGAGGUUAAAUACACAUUUAACAACAAGGAGCGCGAGCGUGGUCAGCGGUCAGUCGUUUGGCUCAAGUGCGGUCAGCCUUGCCUUCAUCACCUCCACGUGCUCAGUACAGUGUUUUCGUUGAGGCCAUUCUCUUGGUUUAGCCUUUGGAUCAUUCUUUUACCUUUGGGGUUGGACCCUUGUGGCGUUUACUGAGUUAGUAGAAUUUAGGGGCGUUGGGUUGGACGUUGGUGGCGUUUGACAGCAUUUGGAGCAUUUGUGGGGUGUUGGCAUUGUACGUUUGGCACUUGGGUCUUGUUUAGCCUUUGUAUGCUUCUUCAUGCUCAGCAUAGGUGGGUGCCUCCGGGUUUGGUGUAUUGGGGCUCAGGCUUCUCCCAGCCAUGAACCCCUUCUCUCCAAGCUUGGAAUUCAGCUCAGAGGUCCUUUCGACUUGGCCUGGGGCUCAUGGCUGGAGGGCACGGAUUUGCCAGCCAUGGGGGCGUAGCUCUGUCUAGGGGCUGGCUGUGCCAAAGGUGGAAGCCCCUGGACAUCCCAGACACCCACCUCCACUCAGCAAUGCAGUUGUUAAAUGAGGUUAAAUAAAUAUUUAUUUAACACAGUUAAAAACAUGGAGUGCGAGCCUGGUCAGCGGUCAGUCAUUUGGCUCAAGCACGGUCAGCCUUGCUUGCAUCACCUCCAUGUGCACAGUACAGUGUUUUCAUGGCGGCCAUUCUCUUCGUUUAGCCUUUGGAUCAUUCUUUUACCCCCAUCCCUCCCCCCCUUAAUUCUUCCAGUGUUAAAUCAGUGUGACAGGUGCCUGUUUCCAUUGGCUUAGGGGCUCAUGGCUGGAGGGCGCAGGUUUGCAAGCCAUGGGGGUGUAACGCUGUCUAGGGGCUGGCUGUGCCAAAGGUGGAAGCCCCUGGACAUCCUGGGCACCCACCUCCACUCAGCAACGCAGUUGUUAACUUGGGGCAAAUUGAAUUGCUCCUGCUGAUAACAUUCCAAACAUUUUUUCGACUCAUCGGUAGUUCCUUCGUUUCUGGACAGGAAAGUAGAAAAGAAAAGUUUCCCUUGCACGCUCAAGUUUGAUGAACGAACCGGGCAAGCGUGGCAAGACAAUAGCUGUCGUGUACAAAGUCACGGAAAGAACUCAGGAGAAACUGUUGGCGAUUGGGCACAAUAAUACAAAGCAUUUUUUGUGCACAAUCAGGAGACGGCAUCUGCUUGAAUUUUUGGAAAUAGUUCGAUGAGAGUCAUAACCCAGGGGCUCUUUUGCCUGUACUUGAAAAUUUUCGUCCUGUCUUUUCUCCCGACCUGACUGACUGCCCCUGGGUCUCCGAGGAUGAUAUUAUAGGAGAUAGGGUGUCAUCUCUUUUCAUGCAAUCAGUUUGCCCUGAUCAUGAGUUUACAUCACUCCCUGAGUGCUAGUUGGAUUUGUUCUCAGUAGUCUCAGUAAAUAGCCAACUGGCUGCUUCUAUAUGGUCAGAUCAUUCUUAGCUCUUUCCGAGUAUCCCUAAGGCAGGGGUUUCAAUAGAAAUGGAAGUAGCCAGUAGGUUUCAUUAGAGUAACUGACAGUAACAACAAGGGGCCAUUAGUCCCCUUUUUCUGGGGGGUUCUGGGGGCAUGUUCCUCCAAGUAAUUUUAAAAUUUGUGAGCCCUAAAUUGCGAUUUCCAGGGUGUUUUUCAUUCAAGAAGAUGUACCAUAUUUUUCCUUUUAUAAGGCGCACUUAGUUAUAAGACUCGCCCCAAACUUAUCAACCCAAUUUUUAUAGGUUAACAAACUGAAAAUGAAGCCAAAAUACCUGGCUAUAAGGCGCAGCCGUGAUUUUUAGCUUUGUUCACUUUAACUACAACAACGCGCUUUCCAACAAUGCGGAUUAUGGCUAUUCACUUACGUGAAUGAAAGUGCAAAAGGUUACAUAUUUUGAUCAAAAGAGAAUAGAACGGCAUUUAUUAACACAAAAAGUAUUGUUUUCUGAAGCUGCGAAUACUUGGGAAAUCCGUUUUGUUCCAUAAACAAGUCAGCUGUCUUGGUUGCAGUAUAUUGACAUCAGUAGUAUCAAGAUAAAAUCAAUCGCGUAAUGCAUGAGCCUGAAAAAUUUGUUAAUUAACUGCCAAAUCCAGUAAUUAUCAAAAUAACUAUGAUAAAAGAGCUCUCACAGUUCUCAACAGAUUUGGGAGCUUUCCUUGGAAAAUACAGGUCUGAAAGAAGCUCAAGAUCGCAGUGUAGAAAUGGGUGUAAACAAAGCGCCAUCUUGGGUCAAGCAUGAGGUCAAAUAUUUGCCUGGUUACCAAGCAUCAACAUUCAGUUCAAAAUGAUCAAUGCCAGAUGAUUUGUUUCGAAUGCAAAAUGAUUCGUUUGUCGCUUAGUACCAGCUUUAGAAGACAGCUUAAGAGGAUGGGUAGAAGUCAUUGAAAACUGAUAACAAAGAAGAGAAUUAGCAGCUAGAACUCGUAGAGUUAAAAAUUUUACUCAAUUUUGUUUUGUUGCCCGAAGAUACUCAGUUAUAAGACGCACCCCAAAAUUACAGCAGAUUUUGAGCUAUCAAGCAAACUUUCAUCGAAAAAAUGCUGCGCCUUAUAACGGGAAAAAUACACUAGCUUUCAUUCAAGUUUCGGUUUAUCAGCCACACCAUCAACUUCAAGCAAUUAACACAAAUGACAGUAAUUCAUUAAUAUACUUUUGCACGUGAACAAAUUCUGGAUAAAUCUAUAUAAAAAGGUGUGGAAAAUUGACUGAAAUAUGGCAUUGAGAUAACCAACCAACUAAAGCGUACCAUACAUGUAAAUCCAGUGGUUCUUUGUGAAUUAAAGAACACAUCAUAAUUCCAUUUUCAUUGAGACGUUACGACAAUAAUGUGUACGACAUUAUUCAAACAUUAUAGUUGCUUCUUCUUUGGCGAAAAAGUAACCAACUUCUCUGAGCAAAGAAGCCAAUGUGUUUUGUCGGUUGUUGGUACUUAUUGAAACCCCUGCUAACGAGAGGAUACAUAUUAUUUCCUCAGAAAAGUAUUUUUUUUUCUUAAAUUUGUAUGUUUGCCUUUUUAAAUAGGGUGCUUCAAAAUUGCAGUUCUAGGCAAAUUAUUUGCCUAGAACUGCAAUUUUACUGAAUAGCAAAAUCAAACUAGAAAGUAACAGUUUGACUUUUUCUAACAGUUUCAGUCUACCUUCUACCCAUCCUCAGUCCAAAACCAUUGCUGUUUAGGGUUUUUUAUGUUUUAGUGUCAGUAGUAACAUUAAGCAAGGACAGGCCAUUGUCAUCAAUUGUUGUAUUAGUGAAUUUCCAUUUCAGAUGCAAAUCCUUCUGUCAGGUUUCCUUGUAGUACUAGUCUUGGCGUCAUUGCCCCACAGUGGUUAGUUUAAGGAGCAACGGGCCACUUGGUUUGAAGCUCUCAAACAUGUUUUUCACUGAUUGCAGGUCAAAGUUCUCUAUGUCCGGAACGUUUCACCCAAUGUUACUGAAGAGCAGCUGAAAGAGAAGUUCCAGGAAUAUGGCACGGUUGAAAAGGCCAAGAAAGUGAAAGAUUAUGCCUUUGUUCACUUUAAUGAACGGGAGGAUGCUCUGAAAGCCAUGGAAGCUCUGAACAAUGUUGAAAUGGAUGGGAUUACACUAGAAAUUGCCUUGGCUAAGCCACAGCCAGCCAAUAAGGAAAGACGGCAAGGGGGACAGUCUGGACGCGGGGGGCAGCGAGGUGGUCCUCGUGGAGGUCAUUCAGGGCGUGGUCGUGGUGCACCGUAUGGAGAUAGGCAUGGUCACUAUGAAGGCUAUGAUCAGGGGUAUGAUGAUUACUAUGGUGGUGGUGGUGGAUAUGGUGGGGGUUAUGGUUAUAGAGAUAGUUAUGGAGGUGGUUAUGGUGAUGGCUACUAUGAUGAUUACAGUGGGGGCUAUGGCUAUGGUGACCGGUAUGGGGAAGCUCCUAGAGGUGGUAGAGGUGGACCUCCACGCCCUCCCCGUGGUAGUUCAUCUGGUAGAGGUCCAAUGCGUGGUGGUGGGUUUCAAGGAAGAGGUGGCCGCGGAGGACCCCGGGGUGGUCCACCACGGGGUGGAAGGGGUGGACCAGGCGGACGUGGUGGACCAAGAGGAGGUGGUGUUGCUCCUGGCAAGAGGAAGUAUGGUGCAGAUUCACUGCAAACACCAGUGGAGUAUCCUGAUCCCAAGCGCAGGUACAUGGGGCAGGGCCAAGGAGGAGGUUGGGGAAGCCAGCCAAUUGCGCAGCAACCGCUGUAUGAUAGUGGCUACGGAAACCAGUCGAACCAAGAAUGGUACAGUGACAGCUAUGGCGGGCAGUGGUAGUGAAAAAAGAAAUUUGUUUGCGGCAAAUUUUUAUUUGGCAGCUCAUUCCACAUGAUCCUUUGUCUGUUUCAUUUGGCUUUUAGAAUGUAGAUGUUUUGGCAACAUGUAAGAAACAAGAUCUUGAAGCAAUUUGGCCUUAUUAACAUUUCAAUGUGGAUUUGUUUUGGAAGACUGAGGCUUGAUUUGAUUUGUGUUUAUCUGAUUGUUUGCCAUUUUAAUAUACCCGGGUGACGUAAUUGGACAUCAGUGCUUGAUAAAAACUUUUUCAAUAGUUUUAGUGAUUUCCAAGAUAGUAGCAAAUGAAUUCAUUAGGCAGCUUUUAAGCAAAGUGGAACCUCUGUAUUGAAUAAGAGUUCCAGUUUUUAUUCUGAAUUUUUCAACUAUGCCUGUUUUAAGUUAAAGUGGAGAUGCACUGACAGGUGAAGAUGGCAGUUGAAAAAUGUGUUUGGGCAGCAAUGAUUUUUAGUGUGUUGGAUUUUAAAACUAGCAGCAAGCAGUUUGGUGUGUAAAGUAACUGGGAAGUGUAAAUCAACAUUGAGCUAAACACUGCUUUUUAAGAGCAAGAAGUGGCUUGUAAAGUUUGUUGAAACUUAAAUCAACACACAAAACUAAAACUGUUAAUAAAAUCUUUUCCCCAAAACAGUCCUAACACAAAGCAAUUGGCUGAAAGCCAACAUUGUGAGAUCUUUUGUGUUAUGAAAUAAAAUAUGUGGUAUAAAAUAUUCCCUCUACAAUAACAGUCACCCAAAAUCAACCUGAAAAUCUUUGCAAACCUAAAAUCUAAAAUCAUUGAAAACUGAAGAGGCAUAUCUUUGACUGAACCAGCUGUUGAGGUAAGUGUUGAUUAUUUGUUUUUGCGGUAUGCAUGGCCAUUUUGGGGGUAUUUGCCACAGCUGCAGAUAACAGUUGCUUAUCUGACAGUGUCUGACUUAUAUGUUUUCAAAUCUAAUCAGUGGUCAGAUAGGAUGUCCAGGUUAAGUAAAUACCAAAGACUAUCAUGAUAUAGGUGAAAACAAUCUACCUUGAGUUUGUGUGAAUUGUCAUAGAAACGAAGUAACAUUGUUACAAUGAACAAUAUGACAGUAGUCAGUUGAAUUUUCUGGGUCUACCAUGCAUAGUUACUUGACCCUUUCUGACCACAGUUUUGUCGGACCAAAAAGGAGACUUUGCUGGCAUGUGUGAUUUUCUUUAAAAAAAAAAACCCAUUAAUUCAUGCUUGCUCUACUGACAAACAGUCAGGUUGGUCUAGUUUGUUGGCGUUGCUUAUGUUGUGGUCACCAAUUGCCAUAAUAAUAGUGAAAAGUCCAAAGGACAUUGAACAAUACCUGUACCACACCACAGCACAGCUUAACAAAAUAUUUGUCCCCACGACACCAAAAAACGCCCAAUUUUUAACUUUCCCUUCCGUCAACCCCUUAUGGCUAUCACUCAACCACCCCUCCCCCAUAUCAAAAGCAAGAAAACAAAACAAAACUGGUUCAAUGCUUCAAUAAUAAGCCUUCAUGUAACUUUGUAUGUUGGAUUCUAGGCUCCUCUGCACUUGGCUUGUAAAUACAUUGUUGGUGAAUUCUGUCCUCCAUAAUUUACUGCAGUGAAUUCUGUUAAUACAACAGGCGGGUGUUGGGAAGUCUAGAAGACCGCAUGCGGGGAUGCUUUCUAGGCGCAGAUCUAGGAUAAAUACUGACCUAAAUCCUAAACGAGCGCCGAAGGUGCAAUCUUCUAGGGGGGGGGGGGGGGGAGAAGGCCGUCUCCCGCGGCCAAGUUUCAAGAUUUUUUUCUUUCUUUCUCUUUCCCGGCUUUUCUUCUUUUUAUCUGACGGUAUCUCACUGUUUCGUCUCCACCGGGAUGUCCCCUCUCAGGUCGUAAGAGUAGAGUGAGAUUUGUUAAUAAAAGGGGGGGGGGUGGGUGGAAGUGAGAGACCGCCGGGGGGGGUGGUUUCCGGGGGACAAUAGAGGGAAAAAACUGCCCACAGACCCAAACGCGCCCCCAAGGGGGAAUUUUUGAGGGGGGGGGGGGGGUAGGCAUGCUUCCCCCGGAAAGUUUUAAGAUAUUUCUCCCUUAGUCCCCUUUCCUGGGUUUCUGAGUCAUUCGGGCAGGAUAUUGGCUAGUUCCAUUCACCUUGGAUGAAGCCUUGCAACUUGGAAAGUUUUAUCUUUAUCAAAAAUAUAUCUAUUAUGAAAAAUCUAACCGAUUAACGUAGAAUGUCGAGUCGGGAGUGGAUCCGCACCUGUUUACCUAGU